UGGAAUGUUUAGCGCAAAACCAUUCGGGGUCAGCAGCGCACUCAACGUGCCCAGUCAUCUUCCGGAAACCAAAAAGAAGAAAAAUAUUCAACAGGAGAAAUGACGAGUUAGAAGUGAAUGAUUAAAUUAAAAAUAAAUAAAGAUGCAGUCAUUUUAAAGUUAUUAGUUGCGGGGGUGUAAUGCCUUGCAAACGAGCUAACGUUGAAGUUCCUUGCUAGUUUGUUAGCAAGCUAGCCACCACAGUUAUUUGUUUGGAGACUCGUGGGUGCUCGUUGUUUUUCACGAAGACACCGGUCUGAAGAAGUAUGGCGAGUGUUCAUGAAAGUUUGUAUUUCAACCCGAUGAUGACGAACGGGGUGGUCCACGUUAACGUAUUCGGCAUUAAAGACUGGGUGACUCCGUAUAAAAUAUCUGUAUUGACGUUACUGUACGAGAUGACUUCGUCUAAGAUCACGCUGCCGGAAAGAAGACGCCUGAACAAGCUCAUUUUACCUCUGCAGCAGAGCUCGGACCUGUCUCUUGGUCAGUUCCUCAAGACUGUGGGAGAGUGUUGCCCAGAGACUGCAUAUUCCGUCAAAAUCAGGCUUCAUGAAAUGGUAGAUGGAGAGCUGAGAGACAUGGAAUAUUUCUUUUCCACCCUACCCAUUCCAUUCACGGCAUUUGAUUCGGAGGCAUAUAAAACUAGUGUUGUAGGUCUUUUCACAAGACAUAUGCUCCUGGCCUACAACAAACUUUCUUUCAGUCAAGUGUACAAGUUGUACAAGUCCCUGCAGCACUACUACCACAGCAACUAUUCCAAGCCAACUGAAGGCCAAGUGGGAUUAACGGCACUGGCUGUUGAUGAAUCUGAUAUGGAUCACACCAACACUGAGAAUACAGUCAGGGACCGCCUCGACAAAGAGAAGGACGAUAACUCUUUGGACGAGCAUGAAAACACUCCAAGCAGAGGUCCCUUGUCACAAAAGCAAGCAGAGUACUUUCUUGCAAGACAGGCGUACCUUCUAAAGAACGAUGAGAACAAAGCUCUGAAGCCAGCAUUGCUGCAGGAGGAACUUAACAACAUGUUGAGGUUUAACCCAGACUUCGCUGAGGCGCACUACUUGAACUAUCUCAACAGCAUCAGAGUGCAGGACAUCUUCCUGUCAGCCCACAGUCUCUUACAUUAUUUCGACCGCCUCAUCUUGUCCGGGAAUGAAGGAAAAAGCAAUGGAGAAGAAGGCUACGGCAGAAACCUUCGCUACGCCACUCUAAACUUGGCUAGCCUUCACUGUCGCUUUGGGCACUACCUGCAGGCUGGUCUAGUUCUGCAGGAGGCAAUCCGCAUCGCCCAGGAGUCCAAUGAUCACGUUUGCUUGCAGCACUGUUUGAGUUGGCUCUAUACACUGGAACAGAUGAAGGGAUGCGACAGCACUGUUUUAACAGAAGAUUCUGUCAAAAUGGCUGCUCAUUUCUGCCUGCCUUACCUGGCAUCGCUCGGCAUCCAGUCUUUGGUCCAGCAGGGCACAACACAGGGUAAAACGGCGCACAAGCUGAUGGAUGCACUGAAGGACACAGACAUCUUGCACUGGAAGCACAGCCUCUCAGAGCUGAUCGAGAUCAGCUUGGCUCAGACUACAUCCAUAUGGAGGAUGUAUGGCAAAAGCACCAUGGCUCUGCAGCAGGCCCAACUGCUUCUCCACAUGAGCAGCUUGGAACCGGUCAAUUAUGGGGUCCAGCAGAACAACACGGAGGCCUUCGCUGUGGCUCUUUGCCAUCUGGCUGAGUUGCAUGCUAAACAGGGUCUGUACGGUACAGUUUCAGACAUUCUCCGGCAUCUAAAAGAUCAGUUUCCUGCUCACACACAACAUGCCAAGCUCUGGAUGCUGUGUGAUCUAAAAAUCCAGUUUGAGAGGCACAUGAUUGAGGGAAAAUACAAUAUGGCAGAGAAGCUGGUCACUUCCAUUUCUGCUUUAAACAAAAUAGAGGGUCUCUACAGGAAAGUCCAAGUUUUAAAAGUUCUCAAUCAAACCACUGAGGCGUACACCAUUUUGCAGCGACUCCAGGUGCACUGUGAGAAGACAAAAUGUACAGAGGCAAUCAUCAGAGUUCUGCUUUCCACGGCUGAGCUUCACUGGGAGUCUUCUGGCUUCUCCACAGCCCUGCCACUCCUCUUCCAAGCCUUGGCCCUGGCCCGACAGCACCACCUACAGUCGCUGGCCUCAGAGUCCCUCCUUCACCUGACCUUCACGCAGUUGAUGUUGGGUGUACCUGAGCAGGCUCUUCUUGUCUUGCAUGAAGCCAUCGAGCCUGUUCUGGCUCAUGGAGCGCUGGUGGACAAAGGGCGUGCCCUGCUGCUUGCAGCCCGUUGUCAGAUGGCUGUUGCUGGAUUUAGGCCAAAUAGACAAGGACAACCAGCAGAUUUACAUGUUGCGGUUUUGACAGUGGACAUGUUACAAGAGGCUGCAGGUUAUUUCACCAAGCUUAAUUCCAAGGAACACCUCCGAGAGGUCUACUACCUGCAGGCUCAUCUCUACCAUUCCUUGGGACAAACACAACAACGAAACAAAAGCGCCAUGCUUUUUCGCCUUUUGGACCAGGAGCUCCAAUCACCAGCGCCACCACUUUCUAUGCGCCUCUAAACGCUUCGACAUUUGGACUUUUGAGAGGAAGCCUGCGGUGGCCGCUAGAUGGCGGUAAAGACCUGUUCUGUCAGGUUCUGCUCUCAGCCUCAUCCUUUUGUACAGUCAUACUGAUUGUUGAGGUGAAUGUAAAUCACAAUUUUGUGCUCCUGUAUUAUGUUUAGGCCAUAAAUCAAAUAAAAUCAGCACUCUUUAAAUUUCUGCAGAACCAAACUCUACCUCACCUUCUGA